CAAAAGUCGCUUUUAUGUUGAUUUUGGAAAGAGUUUUCAGUUGGUUAUAGUGUUUAGGCCAUAAAGAAUACUUCCGGAUUAUUAGCAGAAAAAUUAACAUAUGGCUAGCCUAAAUUUUAACCUGUUACUCGUCAGUCCACUAUUCCGUAUAAAUGAAGAUGUGGCACAGGUGAGCAGGUCUUGUGUGAAAGUGUCCGUCGAGUUGGUAGGCUGAGUUUACAGUUUUAAGGAAGAUUACAUACUUUUAGUUAUUUAAUAGACCAAUAAUACAGUGAUUAGUUGUGUAGUUAUAUAAAUAAAAGAUAUAAAAAAAAAUACAUGAUAAUGAAGUGGUUUGUGAUGAAUAUAGUGUUGAAUCUUAUGAUCGUGGUAAGGAUUGAUGCAAGUUUUUAUUUCAAAGUCACGGAUCCAUCGAUAAACUUAUCGGGACGUUCUAGUUUCAUCAACUGGAAAAAGGAUAAAUCACUCAGCCUUGGAGAUCUAGGGCUGUUAAAUUUGAAGAAUGAGCAGAAUAAUACAAAUACACCUGUUAGACAAUUGACAACGAAUGAACCAAUAACAGAUAAAAAUGGCCAUCAAACCACAGAUAAAACUUUAUUAGAGUGGAUUCAGAGUGUUGUAGGAACCACGACAGCUGCACCAAUAUUAGCUUCUCCAGAAGAGUGUUCACAAUGUAAAUGUGGAAUGCCCAACAAUCCAAAUCGAAUUGUCGGUGGUCAAGAUGCCCAAGUACUUCGAUACCCUUGGAUGACUUACUUAACUUAUAAAGGAAAGUUCUACUGUGCAGCUACAAUAAUUAGUGAUCGAUAUUUACUGACUGCAGCACAUUGUGUGGAUCGGUUUGAUAAAUCACAAAUAAGAGUAAAAGUAGGUGUUCAUAAGAGAAACAGUACGUCAGGAUCUCAAACUGAAUAUCGAGUGCAGACUAUGAUGAAACACAGUGGAUACUCGCUUCAAAAUUACAAUAAUGAUAUUGCAUUAAUCAAAAUCAAAGGUAUAAUAAAAUUUGAAGGAUCAAUGAGGCCAGUAUGUCUUCCAGAGAAGGGAAGCUCAUUUGCUGGGAAAAAUGGUAUUGUUACUGGUUGGGGAGCUAUAGAAGAGUCCGGAUCACUUUCUAAUACAUUACAAGAAGUAGUUGUACCUAUUUUGAGCAACGCUGAGUGUCGUGCUACUAAAUAUCCAUCAAAGAAAAUUACAGAUAAUAUGAUCUGCGCAGGUUUUAUUGAAGGAGGCAAGGAUUCAUGUCAGGGUGACAGUGGAGGGCCUUUACAUGUCCUGGACAACCAAAUUUACAAAGUAGUAGGUAUAGUAUCAUGGGGUGAGGGAUGUGCCGUUCCUGGUUAUCCCGGAGUUUAUUCUCGAGUCAAUCGAUAUAUAACGUGGAUAGAACGAAAUACAAGAGAUUCUUGCUUUUGUUGACACUUGAUAAGUAAUAAAAAAAACUAGUUUUCAAUUAAAUUAUUAUUUUAUUGAUUUAUUUAUCUUUUUUAUUUAUUGUAUUCUUAAUUGUUACAAGCAUAUCAAAUAUAAACAACA